AUGUGGGAUUCACCAUACUUGACUUGUUUGGUUCUGUAUAUAUUUUCUUUUCAAAUCAUUGCUACUAACUCUCGUACCUCAAAUAUUUGGAAAUUGGACGUUGAAGAAGGGCAAAUAGUUGACGGCAAUACAUUAUCGCAGGAUGACUCUGAGAAAACCAAAAUAACUGAAGAAGACACUGUGUUCAAUAUAAUAACAUCAACUGUUUACUAUGGCAAUACUUGGACUAAGCAUGGCUUUGAUAUGUUUUGCACUGAUUGCCAGAUUUAUGAACAGCAAAGAGCCAGUGGAGAAAAUGGAGAUGAAUCUUCACCAGCAGAGGCUAAUGGUGGUGAAUUAGAUGAUGAAUAUUUAGACUGUGGCAAAGCUGUUAAUUUUACAUACUAUGACACUCUCGUAGGUGUGGCAAGGCGUCAUAGACACCCUAAUGUACCUGAACCGCAGAUUGCUCUUAUAUUUACAAAAAAAAAGUCAUUUAAAAAUGGUAUAACAGAACUAGAUAUAAAUGCUUUAGAGAAACGCCUAAAAAAAGCUAAAAGAGAGAAACCAAAGUCAGUGCAACUUUACAAUCAAAUUGGAAACUUUUGGAGAAUCAAAGGUGACACACGACAAUCCAUUGAGUGUUUCAGAAGAGCUCUCGCUGUGUCACCGUAUAAUGCUGAGGUUCUACUAAACCUGGCGCGCGUGCUGUUCACGCUGCAGUACUUGGACGACGCCAUCUACCUGACGCGGCGCUCGCUGGAGGUGCAGCCGCCCGACCGCAGCACCUGGCAGCAGUACUUCACGCUCGGAGAGAUAUUCAAAGCGUAUGGCCAUUAUCAGGAAGCGGCGAUCCACCUGAAGCACGCGCUGGAGCUGCGGCCGGACUUCGCGCCCGCGGCGCUGGCGCUGCGCGACAUCGAGAGCCUGCCCGACGCCUCCGUGCACGUCUACACGCUGCUCAUCAUUGUUUGCUUGGUAAUGGGCGUGCUACUAGUAAUACUGUCGUCGGUAGACAACGGCAACGACGCGGACGAGCACAAAACACAAAGGCAUUUCAACCGCGCCAUGGCGAUGCGCUCGCUGCGGGGCGUGGCGCUCGGCGCCCGCGGCCGGAAGAAAGGAGGAUCU